UUGAGGCUGCAUGAGAAAAAGAUUUGGGAAAGUGUUGCUGGAUGUCACCAGCUUUUUAAAAAUACCACAGUGACUCCUAGUUCCUGAGAUGGAGUUUACCAGACAUCACCUGCCCAUGGAUUGGGAAGAGCGGUGGAGGAAAGAAAAGGAGAGGAGAAAAAGAGUGAUUGAAGAGGGCGGAGAAGGGAUAACGCAGGAGAACCGCGAGCUGAGGAGGAUCGUGGCUUACAAUGACUCCAAGAUGGGUCUAUCGACAGGGAGGGGUCAGACAGAAGGGUCAGAGGUCGAGGAGGCAUUCAGGGAUAAAGGUCGUGGUGAUAACGUCCAUAUUUACCACAGUGAAACAUCUUUUAAAGAGAUGUUCAGGGCCCUGAAGGAACUGUGGGAUUCAUCUCUUCUCACAGACCUGACUCUAAACACUGAGAAUGGGAGCUGCCUCCAUGUGCACUCCACUAUCCUGGCUGCUGUCAGCUCCGUCAUCCUGCAGAGACUGAAGGAAACAAGUGGAGAACAGACAGAUGAGGAUGGAGGCUUCCAUAGGUGGUCGCUGUCACUGGGUUCUGAGGUUGAUCCAGUCGGGCUUCAGGCAGUUGUGGAGUUUGCCUACACUGGGGUCAUUUCUCUUUUAAACAAAGACACCACGGCAAACAUCAAGGCUGCAGCUCAAGCACUGGGGGUCGCUAGAGUGGUGGACCUCUGCAACGAAGAGGAGGGGAUGAGGCGAGAUGGAGGUAUGGAGAAGGAAGAGCGAAAGAUCUCUGCUCUGGAUGAGAUGAAGAUCACUCUUGGUUCUGUUGAACACCUGUGGGCAGACAGAGUGGGGUGUGAUGUGAUUUUGGAUGUGGACGGGACUUUGUUCCAUGUUCACAGAGUCAUCCUUGCAGCAAGCAGUGACUACUUCCGUGGCAUGUUCACCUGCGGAAUGAGGGAAUCCCAUCAGACCUGUGUUGCCCUUCCCUUCCUGUUAGCAUCUGAAUUCAAGGCUCUUAUUGGCUGCUGCUACAGUGGGACCCUUUCACUCAGUUGGGACUGUGUCUUCGAGAUCACCUGCACAGCUCUGCAGCUGCAGUUCCAGCCCGCCCUGUCGCUUUGCCUUAACUUCAUGUGGUGCGAAAUGGAGGCAGAGUCAUGUCUGGACAUUGCGUCUUUUGCUGAAGCCUAUGGGAUGUCAGAGCUCCUUGAAGAAGCCAAUGACUUUGUACUGAGGAACUUCUGGGAGGUGUCAUUCACAGCAAAGUUUCAGGACCUACCGGCAGAGAAGCUUCUAGGUUACCUCGGCUGUGAGGGUCUGUGCGUGCCCUCGGAGCUGGUCGUCUUUCGAGCUGUAAUCUCAUGGAUUGAGGCUGAUCCUAAAGAGAGAUUGGGCCAAGCUGCCCGAAUGAUGACCGCAGUCCGCUUUCCUCUUAUGACGUUUCGAGAGUUCCGGGAGGUCAGGGCCAUUAACCUGCGCAUGGAGUGCUUUGGAAACAAAGAAGUUGAACUCUAUGGUUCAGCUCUCAAGGAAUUUGCUUUCAGCUCCCCACAACCCCAAGACCAGUGGCGGGUCAGGCGGCCCAAGGACGCUCUGGUUCUAGUUGGGGGAGACCAGCUGAACCCAGAUAUGGGUCCACGCGUACCAACCAGGGAGCUGUGGUUUGCAAACUCCUUACGCAGUGGCACAGGGUUGGUGAGGGAGAUAGAAUGGAAGAGGCUGGGUGAGAUGCCAGACAACCCCAAGUUCAGGCAUGGAGUAGCAGCAAUGGACGGAAGGCUGUAUGUGAUUGGAGGGUGUUACUUCUAUGCUAAGGAUAAUAUCAUGAAAUCUGCCCAUAGUUAUGAUCCUGUGCAGAACAGCUGGAAGAGGUUGGCAGACAUGCAGGAGUUCAGAAGUAACUUCUCAGUGGUGGCACUUGAGGGACGCCUUUACGCCGUAGGUGGAGACAAAGAGAUCAACACCAACGUAGACAGUGUUGAGAUGUACGACCCGCACACUGACACCUGGAGCUUUGUCCAGCCCCUGGACCGAACUCUGAGCGGCUCCGCUGUCACUGUCGUCGAUGGGGGGAUCUUCAUUUCUGGAGGUUUCGACUGUAAAUAUGUGUGUCUGGUUUCCACGUUCCUGUAUCACCCACAGAGAGGAAGCACCUACCUGGCAGACAUGGCCCAUGACCGGGCUCAGCACUGCAUGGAGGCCCUGCGAGGCCGUCUCUACGUCAGCGGUGGAGUUUGUAACCUGAGGGCAUUUUACACUGAUCAACAAGCCUGUGAGGUGUUCGAUCCCGUGAACGACUCUUGGACCGGUUUUGCAUCCCUGCCUGUUCCCCAUGUGGGUGCAGCUUCCGCCGUCCUGGAAGAGAAGAUCUAUAUACUGGGUGGAUACUGCCAGGACGACUACAGUGAGUCUGGACUGGUGCACCGGUUUGAUCCCCGCACACAGCGAUGGGAAAACAUGGGAAAACUUCCCGGGGCUGUUACCGACAUUCGGGCAUGUCUUCUCCGACUGCCUCAGCACUUUAGACACUAGUUGUUGGGUAUUUAAUCAGCUUCUGGAUGAAAUAAUCAAUUAGAAAAAUAGAGGAAAAUAUGUAAAUAACAGAAACAAUGCAUCAGAAUGUUGGGUUAUUAUGACAAUGAUAUGUUAAUAAAGGCGUUUAAAUCAUUUUACAUCAUUUACACAUUGAGAAACUAUGAAUUUAUUAUUCAUUCUUUUUAUUGGUCUCAUUUACUAUUUUUAUUUUACUGGAAAACGUGUUUGCACAAUCCUACCAGGGCUUGUUGGGACACGAGUAGAACUUGGGUCCCUGAGGGGCCUGAACACUGCUUUUCAAGGUAUAUAAGCCACUGCAGAAAAAACUAUACAGCACAUCAUACAACACAACUUUACAGGUGAGGAAAUGGGCUCCUGGGCUUUGCUUGUGUUGACCCUCCUGGGGUUCUUGUGUGUGGAGCCUGCGUUUGGACAGAGAGGCGACAUGGACGUGGGCGAGUGGAUGAGAGCUCAAGAGAAGCUGAUAAAGAAUUUCCUUGAGAAUCAGAGAAAUGCAGAAACACAACAGAAGGAUCUUGAAGCCCUGGAGGACAGGCUCAAUGCGACUGUGGACGAGCUGACGAGACAGAAGGCCGACAUGGACAAACUGAAGAAAGAGAACGAAGACCUGCAGACAAGACUGAAUGCCUCAGAGAUAGAGAUUGAUAAACUGAAACAGACUGAUGGCAAAG